GUAGCGUCCAAAGGUCGAAUUCGGAGCAUGGCGGGUAGGUUUGAAGUCAGUAAACGGGAUCCCAGAUAUAUUGCUCAUGGAACUAUCAUAUCGGCUCGACGAUACAGGACUAAUCUUGAAGCAAUUAUAGACAAGUAUAAUAAGCCUUUUCAUAGAGAUGAUAUCAUUGAUCUUGAAAGUUUUGUAAUUGAAAAUGAAGUUGGGCGACUGAAAAAAAUUAAAAAAGCCCAAGCUUUUGGACAAACACAGCUUGCUUCAGUGAAGGGCAGAGCAAAGCUGCCAUUGGCAUUUGAUCCAAAUGAAUCAGGAUUUGCCUCUGGCGAAAACAGCAAGAGCAGUAGCAAGUUUAGUAGCUCAGUCUUUGAUUCCUUGGAUCAAGAGGAGUCUCUCAUGAGAUCGCAUGAUGAGAGCACAGUACGGGGAACAGCAGAGGAAGAGAUUGCUGAAGAUUUUAUUUCGAAAGUGCUGGAGAAUGAAAGUAUCGUAGGAGAACCUGAGCCCAGUGAUGGGGAGAGUAUUGGUGACAGCGACAGCGAGGAUGAACAAGACCAGUGGGAAAGUGAGGAUGAUGGUAUUGAUUGUGUGGCCGACCAGAAAUCAUCUAAAUCUGAUUCCAAAGGUUCUGGUAGAAAAAGAGCAGAAGUGCAAGAGAAACGGGAGAAGGUGAAACAUUUAAAUGCUAAGAAAAGAGCAGCACUACAGGCUGUUAACUCGUCUCCAGGGACCACUGUUCAUAAUAACACUUUUACACUGAAGAAGACCUCCUCAAAGUCAAAGCCUAAGGAUGAAGAUGUUGCAGAGGAACCUAAGCCAAGUGAUGAAGAGAUAUUUAUUUCAUGUGAUAGUGAUAGUGACCUUGAACAGGACAGCUGGCAAGUUGAGGGUGAUGGGGUUGAUGGUGUGUCAGAACAUAAAUCAUCUAAAUCUGAUUCCAAAGGUUCUGGUAGAAAAAGAGUGGAUGUGCAAGAAACAGAGAAACAAGAGAAGGUGAAAAUUUUAGAGAAACGUCAAAUCUUAACUGCCAAAAGGAGAAUAGCACCACAGCCUGUAAAUUCAUGUCCAAUUAACCCCAUGUUCAUUUCCACGUUUACACCAGAGAAGACAUCAUCUAGCUCAAAGCUUGACAGAAAACCAAAAUCAACCCAUUAUAAAAAGAAUGUGGUUGAGGUAGCCCCCUUUUUAGCUUCCACCCGAUCUGAAAACUUUGACUCUUUGGAAAAAAAGAGCUCAGAGCUUGAAAAUUAUAGAAACGAGAUUAAGUCACCAAGGAAGGACAAACAUAGAACUGCUAAAAUGAAAGAGUCCUACGUUUCAGAAGAAACUGCUUUGACAUCCAUACAUAUGAACGAGUAUGACGCCGUAUCUAUGAACUCGCCUCAAAUUACAACCUCCAAUUCUCCAAUGGCGGUGAGCCCUCAAAACUUUCAGACUUUGAAUGCUGGCCAAUCAGUCUCUGGUGAGCAGCCUCCACAUGUAGUUCACACACAGUCUGUGAUAAGUAAAAGGCAGGUGUUUAUAGGGGAAAAUUCAAAACCAAGCACCACAGAUGAACGGAAAUCUCGUGAAGCUGUCUGGCAGCGUGUCCCAGAAGAAAAGUAUGAUUGGGCUGUGAGGGAGAGGGAUGUGUGCAGAGACAAACAUGGGAAGGAAGAAGCCAUGGAUAUCAGCAUGACCACUGUCAAUACACCACAAAUGCAGCCAUUUGGUGUUGGAACAAAUGCAACUUUUACUGUAGUGCAAAACAAACUUCCUUCGCGUGUUCCUGUGGGUGAGUUUCAAUAUCAACAGCAUGAAGAGUUUCAAUAUCAACAGCAUGAGGAGUUUCAAUAUCAACAGCAUGAAGAGUUUCAAUAUCAACAGCAUGAGGAGUUUCAGCAUCAACAGCAUGAGGAGUUUCAAUAUCAACAAGAUGAUAAUGCCUUGACAGAUGCCUCGCGUAGAGACAACAGGUGUCAUAGGCAAUCAUCAGCUGUGGUAAUUUUCCCAUUACCCUCUCCGAAAGACAAUCACCACAUGGCAAACAACAGACACAAUGGAGCCAAGACCUCAGUGUCUUGCAGUCCACGGGUACUGGGUGCUGCUAGUGGGAAGGUUCCAGUAGGGAUAGUUCACAGGUCACCACGGCUGACCAUUGAAGGGAUGGCUUUCUUGAUGCACUCACCAUUGCCUUAUGUCAUGGACCCCUUGGAACAACAUACUUCUGGGCAAGGUAGUCCAAAUCCCUUCACUACACCCAAGUUUACCCAAGAAACUGCCAUUGUCAAAGUAACCCCAACCUAUCCCCAGCCUACGCAGACCGAGUGUCUGAAGUUCAGCAGUGCUUCAAAUACACCAACAUCAAGGCAAAUCGAAAACCAACUGGAUCAGCUCAGGCAGAGUGCCCCUGCCAAAUUCAUAGGUGGUGUUUCAGGAGCAAGAGGAGCCCAAUUCAGUGCUAAGAAGAGACUGGUUUUAGAAAGCACGGCAUCAGAUCAACAUUCUGACAUGACAUUGCAUACAAACUUGUUCGCAAAUGUUGACAGGCAAUUUGAAGAUCAAUGCAUCAGUGAAAGGUCUCUAUUUCAACCUCCUUCCAACCAGUUCUGUCCCAUCAUGGAGUCUACCAGGAUCUCUGAAGGAGCCGGUUUCAAACCUCCCUGGGUGAAGCCUGCAGAUAUUUUGAAGAAUCAUUCUGCUGGGAUAAGGGGUGCUAUUGGUAAUCCUAAAGCUGAAUCCACAAGGCUUUCCCAAGCAGAUACUGAGAAAGUAAACUGUAACAACAGACAUCAAGCUGUGCCACCUGUGUGGAAUCCUCAGGCUGAGUCAACAAGAAUAAUGGCAGUUCCAGCAAGUCCAAGUUUGACCAAUGGCAGUGAUAAAUGGAUGAGACAAAGUGACAACAGCAACAGUAGUCGCAGUGGUGUCAGUCUUCAUGGCAGCAGAGACAUGUUUGAUUCAAACGUAUGUACAGUGUCAGGCCCCGUGUUCCGCACUCCAACUUCAAGACCAAGGCAAAAGACAAGAACUCCAAGCUCAAGACCAGACACUCUGAUAUCAGGACCGUGUACUCCAAGGGCAAGGUCACUUACUCCAACUUCAAGGUCAUCAACUCCAGGCUCUAGAUCAAAUACAUUAGUGCCAGGGUCAUUUACUCCAAGUUCAAGGUCACACAGUCCAGGGGCAAGGUCACUCACACCAACUUCAAGGUCAACAACUCUGAUGCCAGGGUCAUGCUCUCCAAGUUCAAGAUCACACAGUCCAAAGGCAAGGUCACUCACUCCAACUUCAAGGUCAACAACACCAAGCUCUAGGUCAACAACUCCAAGCUCCAAACCAUUCACUCCACAUGCAAGGUCUGUCACUCCAACCAUGAGGUAUGAAACUCCUAGGUCGAGUAAAAUUAAUCCAACGUCGGGCCGGUUUGCUCCGGAUGCACAGUCUCCCUCAGAGUACAUACAGCGGCUUCAGCUGAACACACCACUAUCAUCUGGUUAUUCAAAGGAUCCAAACACACCUCUACACCAUUCACCAAAGAAAUUAGGUCACAGAUUUCAAGACGGAAAUCUGGGAUGUGAAUCUGUGGACAGUGGGAUGGAUGUUUCGGUGAACAUGGAAGAAAUAUCUUAUGAGACUCAGGGUGCUGGUUUUGAGUAUUCUUCAGCAUUGGCUAAUGGGCAUGCCAACACAAAGAAGGAUAAAAAGGAAGUGAGAAGAUUGAUUGCUGUGACAGCUGACUCAGCUGGUUAUACUCGGCCAACUUUGGAUGAGAUGGAUGACAGGAGGGUCCAGCCUGUGAUUGCUGAUUCAAUAUCAAGUCACGUUAGGGAGGAGAAGGACAGGGACAGCCAUGUACACAAAAUAUACAAAACUAAGAGCAAGAAAUAUCAAUCACCUUUUCAGUCAAAGAAACAAGAACAAGACGACAGUGGGCAGCUGUCACCAAGAGUUUCACCCCCUAGUCAGAAGUCAUCCAAGAGUCUGUCCUUUGACACAUUCCCCCAAUCAUGGAAACCUAAAAAUCAGAAGCUCGAGUCCCAAAUCAGUAGUGAGCCUGUUUAUCCAGGCACCCCUGACAAGCAAAAAGGUAAUUCAAAGUUCAGACGCAAGAGCAUCACCAGUACCCCAAACAAGGAAGAUGAAGAUUCUUUCCAUAUUGACUCCAGUGACAUAUCUUCCAUCAGCAAUUCCAGUUCCAGAUUUGGAGGUAUGGUAUAUUCAACAGACCUUGAAGAAUCAGAGAACAGCGACCUCGAAUGUAACAAUAGCUACGAUUCUGAUGGUGUGGAAUUGUUAGACUUGGAUGCCACAAUGGGAUCGAAGGAGAAGGCGCAAAUAGCUGAAUGCUCCUGGAGCACCAACGAUCUGAAGGACCAAGAUGAUAUGGACAGAACUCUUGUGAAACAUUCUCUUGAUCAGUCUCGUGAUCUAUCCAACUCACAUGACUUGAAUUUUGAAAAGGCAAGCCUUAACCAAGAAGGGGUAGUAAAAGCUGCAAAAAAGCAAUUGUUUGGUAAAGAACAGAUGGGACAGGGUCAAAGGAAUGAGAAAAUCCACCGAGCACCAUCAGUAAAAGAGAGAAACCAGCAGAGGGAGAUGGGAACAUCAGGUAAUGGAAAGCCUAAAUUUAAAACCAAUGGGCAGAGGAUAGAUUCAAGAGGGAGAUUUCUGGCAGGGAGAAGUAUACAAGAUGAUCAGGGGAAGCAGCAGGAGCUGAAGGACAAGCAACAUUCAGUUCAAGCUGAAGAAAAAGAAACCACUGCAGGCUCAAGUACAAAAAAUAAACAACCAGCUGGAUUGUUUUCAAAAGUUUCUUAUAAGAUUAAACCCCAAAGUGUGCCAAAAUAUGACUGUGAAGAGUCAACCUUAAAAGAUACCUCCUUUGCAAAUACUUUAAAGAGUAUAAGAGGGUCCUCGAGACACAACUUGGAACAAGAUGGAGAUUAUUCCAAUUUUGGGGGUGAAAGUAAAAGGAAGACCAUUGAAGAUCCACGUCAUCCUAAGCAAGAGAAACGGAGUCAAGUGCCAAGCAACUUUUACAGCAAAAACCUCAGAGGUCUUGGAGCUCACCAUGAUGGAAAUGAUGUGUUGUUGUAUAGUGAAGAUGAGACGGCUCGUGUCAAGAAGAGAGAGAGACAGCCUGGUAGUGUCAGAUACCCAGUGGAGUCAGAUACUGGUAUGCAGGGUAAUGUUUCAAGAUCAAGACACCGAGUUGGUGAAGACCAGUCCAGGCCAAAAGGUGGUGGAAGUGUUCAAACUGACCGUUAUGGAUUUAGUGAUUCUGAAAGCAUCACCAGAAGGAAUUUGGACAAGAAAUCAAAAUUCAGAUUCCCAGAAGAUCGUGUGCAAGGACACGCCAGAUCUCCAAAGCGACUUUGGCAUGAUGAACCCUGGCAAAUGGUAAGUCCUCCAAAAAUGAAGAGAAUUGAUUACAGGCCAAAGUCUGAUAUGCAGAACAUUUCUCUCUGUCUGGGAAAGGGCAAUUGUAGCAAGAGCUUUUGCUUUUCAUGCAUUGAUGAAUAACAAUUUCAGAAAAUCAGAAAUGGCUGUGUAACAGCAUGGAGCAGUUUUUUCUUGUGAACUUGUAGGACAAAUAUGCUUGUAAAAUUUGUCAGUUUUAGAGUUUAGAGUUUUUAAAAAAAUAAUAUUUAAGUAUAUUGUGUAAUUGUUCUCUGAAUUAAGGAGAUAGUUGUAAUUUAACUUUGACAAUGAUUAACAAAUGUACCAUUCAUGUUAGAUUUAAAUGUUUUUAUAAUCCAAUUUCACGUUUUAAAUUUAGUGUUUGACAAACUAGGAAAUGGCUGCCAAGAUGGAGCUAGUUUUAUUGGUUCAGGGCAAAAACAAAAACUAAAAAAAAA